AUGCCACGACCAGGACAUCAGAUCUACGAAGAAGAAAUGAUACUGAAGGGUCAUGGAUUUCCUGUGUGGUAUGGGGAUCCAUAUGGAGGGGCCGAGAUUGAGAUAGGCGACAUCGGAUACAUGAGAAAAGGAGCUUUUGUGCAUGUCAUGAAGUGCAACUUUAAUUUUAACGAAUUGAUAACCACCCCAGUCAAUUUUAAUGGUCCUAUUUACUCCCAAAGCCUCGAGCGACGAGAAUCAGGUGCUGAGGCUGCCAGAGUAUUGACUCCGCCAGGUGUGGGCAGUGUGAAUCCGGGUCAUAUUUCAAUGACCUCAUGCCGCGAUACAUGUGCCAUGUUGAAUCUGGAGGAAGGAGUUGCAGACUACACCCAUUGCUCUGAUGUUGACAAGGAGGCUGUAGGAGAAUUUUUUUUCCAGAAUGCCAGGAAAUGGAUUGCCGAAGCUGUCAAAGGGCGUCGGUUUGCAAGCAACAUUUCCAUCGAAAGGCUCAUACUCGUCACAGGCUUUUAUAAAUCUGCAAACUGGGAAGCAGCUGCUCUGUACUCAUCCUCGUCUACAGAGAACUUGAGCUUCACAAUCAAAAACGGUGGAGGAAUUUCAAUUAAUUGGGAUUCUGUCCAGCAUCUCAGCCCCGACUAUUCAACCGGACAUCGCCACCCCGGGCCUCAAACUGACUUGAACAAACCACAAACUCUCGCGGCACGUGGUACCGGUGAUAUUACACAUCGCACUAACCACCCCGCAGGACAUCGUGUAUCAUUUGCAAAGUGUUGCCAUCAGCACUCUGACCGAACCCAAUGCAUAUUCUUGCGAGGGUUUCGAAUUCGUGGGUGCCUGGGACGAAAAGACCAGGUCGACGAACUACUUGCAUCAGAAGAGCCAAAGUUGUCAUGGGGCGAACGCUUCAGGCGAUUUGCAAAGACUUUUAGCAAGACUUCCAAACCCCCUAUUGGUGAAUCGUCUCAGAGACGCUCCUACUAUCUGGAGCCCAUUGAAGGGUUUUCUGAUACAAAUUUUUGUGUGAGUUGUCAUCAAGUAGAUGAGCAUUGA